AAAAGUGAAAACUGAAUGGAGCUGAGCGUUGUUUGUCAUUCGUCAGCCACAGUUGACGCUGGCCGCUCCUUUAGGACGGCAGCUCGAGGAUUACCGCCAUGGCGCUCCGAUACUGCGUUGCGAUUUUAUCACUUUGUGCGUGUGCUGCCGCGAUUGUUGGCCCUUCUGGGAACGGCACCAAGGCAAACUUGAAGACCGAUUCGUAUCUGGAUGCGUACUCCAAAUCUCGCGUCGACGCUGAAAAAGCCAAAAAGGGUGUAGUGAUUAUAACAGCAAAAGAUGGAGAGAAACAAAUCACGAAUCGUGAUGAUAAUGGAUAUGAUUACUCUCCGCCAUAUUCCGGCGAUACCAGCUUCAGUUCUGGAUCCACCAGCUUUUCUGGGUCUGAUUCCAGCAGCUAUUUGCCACCGUCUAGCAACUACGGACCAGUGAAAUUUGAGUCCGAUAUAACGUAUAAUUCGCCGCCUAAUACGUAUGGGCCUCCUUCACCAAACUAUGGCCCUCCUGCUUCGAGCUAUGGACCUCCUUCUCCGAGCUACGGGCCUCCCUCACCGAGUUACGGACCGCCCUCGAACUCCUAUGGACCGCCAGCACAGACCUAUGGCCCCCCUGCAAAUACUUACGGACCUCCUGUACACAAGCCGCUACCACCACCUCCUCCUCCUCCAGUAUACGGACCUCCUUUGAAGCCUUCGUACGGUGUGCCUUACACAGCGCCAGGUUUUGGAUUCCUGGACAAAUUAUCGCUUAAACUAGACAUUCUGACUAUUGCAAAGCUGUUGCUGAAAUUCCUGAUAUUCAAGAAGCUUGUAACGAUGUUAGCGGUGGUGUGCAUGCUGCUGGUGAUACCGAAGCUGAUUAGUUUCAAGAAGGACGACGCAGGCCAGAGUAAUGACGAAGAUGAGCGCAACUUUGGCAGGAAAAAAUUGGUAGAGCUGACGUCAGCACAGGAGUUGGUGGAGCGAGCGUUGUAUGUUUACGGCCGCCAGCAGCCGUCCUGCGGCGUCACGUGUCGCGUGCGCAGGGUCCUCGACGACAUCUACGACUUCCAUCCGUAUUUCAGAGAAAAUUCGUCAUGAUCACCAGUCCGAUCUUAUAGAUGGAACAAGCAUUUAUAAAUAAUUAGGUGCCAUUACGAAGUCUGAAUUUAUGUUAAUUUGUUGCUUAGUAUUUAUUUAUUUAUUUGUUUAUACGUAGUGCUAAGAAAAAUACAUUUGUACUUUUUAA